AUUAAUGCGUGAAGUGAACGGGCAUCAGCAUUCAGCAUUCAGCAACCGUACGUGAUUAUUUAUGUGGCCAGGCCACAGGCCAGUUACUUCGAACAAAACGAAAACGAAAUGCAUCGAUGCCAAGCCAAACACGACCAGCCUCUGAUCUAAAACGUUCGUUGAAUCAGAUCCAGUUGACCAGACAAAACUGAAUUUUGAACUGUCAACCGUCUGGAUUGCGAUUGCUAUACGCCUAUACCCGUAAUCACAUCCACUGCAAUACCCCCUCCCAGCCCCUCUGUCUCUGACCACCUCCAGAGUCCAGAUAAAAUGAAAGAAAGUUGCAGAAGAACGUAACGAUCAAUCCACGAAAUGGCGGGUAAAUAACGGUACGGUUGGCUCGCAGUAGCGACACACACAGCCAAUUCCUCUGGCUCUCUUCAGUUCUCGGUCCCUCCUGCACCGGCGACAAUGCCCGUCUCCCGGUCUCCACACGACACAUGGGACUGCAUGCUCCCGGGCCCACCUAGCCGGAACAAUGGCGGAUCUGCCCACUGCAGCACCAACGGCCUCCUCGCUUACGGUGCUGGGAGCAGCGUCGUCGUCGUCGAUUCGCGAACCAUGCAGCUCAUCUCUGUACUCCCCAUGCCCGCCCCCUCCGCCUCCCCAAUCGGCCUCGCCCCAUUCGUCACGGCAGUCUGCUGGACCCCGCAACCCAUCCGCCGCGACCUCCUCACCCAUGAACCUUCCAAUUCUCACCUCCUCAUCGCCGUUGGCGACCGCCAGGGCCGUAUCGCUCUCUGGGACUUCCGACUCCGACAGGUCAUUCUCUGGUUGGAAUUCGAUUCUCCUACCUCGCUGGCCUUUUCCGAUAAAUCGAAACCUGGGAUUCAGGAUCUCUGUUGGAUCCGUGCCAAAGCCGAUUCCUUGAUUCUUGCCUCCAUAAGCGGCCCCUCUCUUCUUUCUCUCUGGAAUACGUCCAAUGGCAGAUGCAUAUGGAGAUACGACGCCUCCCCUGAAUACUUUUCCUGCAUUCGUCGCGAUCCAUUUGAUUUCAGGCAUUUCUGUGCAUUGGGGCUGAAAGGGUUUCUGCUCUCAGUUAUUGUCCAUGGAGAGGAGGAGAAUGACGUUGUGAUUAAGGAGCUUCAUGUCCCGACUUUCAGUGACUUCAGAGAGUUGCACAAGGUUGAAAAAGAAGGGGGUAAUAAUCCGGCGACUUCUCCCGCGCUCGCGGUGUUUCCUCUAUUUAUCGUGAGGUUCUCAUUUUCACCACAGUGGAGGUACAUUCUAUUUGUUACUUUCCCCAAGGAGUUGGUAGUGUUUGAUUUACAAUACGAGACCUCACUAGCUUCUGCUUCACUACCCCGCAAAUGUGGCAAGUUUCUGGAUGUUCUGCCUGAUCCCGAUAACGACUGGCUUUACUGUGCUCACCUUGAUGGCAAAAUAAGCAUCUGGAGGCGGAAGGAGGGAGAACAAGCUAACAGGAUGUGUGUGAUGGAAGAAAUAAUGCCCUCAAUUGGCACAUCUGUUCCUUCUCCUGCUCUUCUUUCUGUCAUCCUCUGUCAAUCAGAGGCAAUGCUCCAAAAUAUUGUCAAGCUUUGUCCUAAUUCAUCUCAUGAUUCACCUGCUGAGGAUUAUGAUGCCCCAUUAGAUUGUUAUAGCAAGUCUGAUCUUGUUCCUAAGGCACAUAUAAUCUCCAUUACUGAUGAUGGGAAAAUAUGGAACUGGCACCUCACUGCUGAAGGGGCUAGAGAUUCUUUGGAGGCUAUUAGAAAGGCAUGGGUGUCUAAUUCCAGUGAAGUGACAGCCCAAGAGAAACAUAAUAAAACAAUAGAUGUUUCCACUCAUGGGCCUUUAUUUGAGGCAGUUAAGGAAUCAGGGCCUAUAAAGAGAAGUUCUAGUCGAACAUCAAAAUCAGCGCAUACCAUUGGAGACUUAUCUUUUAAGAUUAGCUUAGUGGGCCAGCUUCAUCUUCUUUCUUCGACUAUCACAACUCUAGCUGUACCAUCUCCUUCUUUAACAGCUACUUUGGCUCGUGGGGGUAACUAUCCUGCCGUAGCAGUUCCACUGAUUGCUUUAGGAACUCAAAGUGGGAUGAUAGAUGUCAUUGAUGUUUCUGCCAAUGCUGUAGCAUCAAGCUUUUCUGCUCAUAGUACUAUUGUUAGAGGAUUACGAUGGCUUGGGAAUUCUCGGCUUGUUUCAUUCUCAUAUGUUCAGGUGAGUGAAAAAGCUGGAGGCUAUACUAAUAGACUUGUUGUGACCUGUCUUAGAAGUGGUCUUAAUCGAACAUUCCGUGUCCUACAAAAGCCAGAACGUGCUCCUAUAAGAGCUUUAAGGGCAUCUUCAUCUGGAAGGUAUCUUCUUAUUUUGCUUCGCGAUGCACCUGUGGAGGUUUGGGCUAUGACGAAGUGUCCUAUUAUGCUUAGAUCACUGGCUCUUCCAUUCACCGUAUUGGAGUGGACACUUCCAACAGUACCACGGCUUCAUAAAGUGCCAUCUAGGCAAUCAUCUUUUCCCUCUAAAGAACAUAUGAUGGCCCCAGCUGCAGCAUCUAUAUAUGCAUCUUGCACAGAUUCCAAAACAACUGAUAUAUCUAUUGACGACACAUCUGAAAGUUUUUCAUUUGCACUAGUAAAUGGUGCACUGGGAGUUUUUGAGGUUCAUGGGAGAAGGAUCCGAGAUUUCAGGAGAGUGUUGGGUUCUAGUGUGCUCACAGGCAAUACAGAUAUGUAUAGUGGUAUGUGA